GUUAUUUUUUAAUUUUCCAGGGUUUUUAAACUGCGGUGCUGAAAAAUAUUAGUGACGCGAUGAACAGCUACUCAUACACCAUGAGGAGUUUCAAGGAGAGGAGGAAUUUUGCACAACGUUCGAGGGACAUGCAAGUCGUUCACGAGAAGUAUCCGGACCGCAUUCCUCUCAUAAUUGAGCGCUAUCACGGGGAAAAGCAACUACCCAUCCUGGACAAAUCGAAAUACUUGGUUCCGGAUCAUCUUACCAUGGGGGAGCUCAUCCAGAUUAUGAGACGCAGAAUGCAGUUGACACCGAAUCAGACGUUCUUCCUGUUGGUGAACGGCUCAAGCCUGGCGAAUGUCACAUCCACCGUUGGCGAAGUGUAUCGCCGUGAAAGAGACGACGAUGGACUGCUCUAUAUGGUUUACACCUCUCAGGAAGUGUUCGGGUUCUGAGGAGCCUACAUCAGAUUUACCGUAAUCCGAUAUCUUUUGUCCUCGCUUUGGCGCAUUAAGUAUGCUAGCACAGACUAGGUACGUGUAACUUGAUCCCGGCGGCCUCGCGCGUGAAUGCGGCUUGUAAGGAUGUUCUUUUGACAUUUUGUACGGCUGUUGUGACAUUGGGCAAAAAGCGAAGUGCGCAGGCGUUUUUUUUUUUCGAAAACUUCAGAUUGGGAGAAUGUUGGUGUUUUAUGUUCAGAAGGUUUCCUUCGCGUCGUGGUACGGAAAUUUUUGUUUUGAGUUGCUCGGGAGUCGCGUGACGACAUGAGUGCGGAAAUCUUGUAUUGUGUACCUACGGAGAUGAAAAUUUUUUGUUUUGUAUUUGAAAUCUAAAUUUCACUAUUUGGAAAAUUUGUAAAUCUGGUGCCUCUGUUUUUCUGCGUUGGGUGCGGAUAUGAAAUUUAUAUCGCACGGUA